AUGGUUAACAUUCUGAGUCCAAAGAGGAAAGAUCAUGUAUUAAAUUCUCUUAUUUUGACAACAACUACAAAGAACAGUAGUGUCAAAAUUGAAAUGCGUCUACAGCUGGAAAACAACUCACUUGAUUCCUUGUCAGCUGAAUGUGUGUUUUGGAACUUUUCUGAACCAGGUUGGGAUGAUAAAGGAUGCAGUAUUGAAAUACAAAAAGGCUAUGCUGUUUGCAAAUGCAAUCACUUGACAUCUUAUUCUGUUAUGAUGAGCCCUUUUACCCCUGAAAAUAACAGAGCUUUGGACUUAAUAUCCCUCAUAGGAAUUGGCAUGUCUAUUGGAAGUUUAAUAAUCAGCAUCAUUAUAGAGGCAAUAACAUGGAAGUACUUGACCAAAAAUAAGACUUCAUACAUCCGCAACGUUGUCAUUCUGAACAUUAUUGUAUCUCUACUGAUGGCUAAUGGUUUGACGGCUGUGCCUUUAUUUGUGCACCCAACUCCAUUGUACUGCACCAUUUUGACUUUCUUGAAGCACUUUUUUUUUCUUGCCUUGUUUUUCUGGAAGUUAAGCCUAGGAUUACUACUUCUGUAUCAUCUGAUCUUUGUUUUUCAUGACUUCAGCAUUUCAGUCAUAACAACAAUGUGCUUUAUCGUGGGUUACCUGUGCCCAAUAAUAAUAGCAAGCAUCACAAUCGCACUGACGUAUCCAAAGAACCAAUACAAUCUGCAGAAGGAAUGCUGGCUCGAAUGGAAAAACAGAAAAGUUCUACUUGCCUUUGUUGGACCUAUGUCGGCUAUCAUCGCAAUCAACAUUUGCAUUGUGUUAGUGGCAAUAUGCAAGUUGUUGAGACCAACCAUCGGAGAACACUCCAAAUAUCACAGCAAAGGCAGCUUCAAACAAAUUCUAAGAAGCGUUGUUAUCCUAACCCCAGUCUUAGGUCUGACUUGGAUAAUUGGAUUCCCAAAUCUUUCAAAAGAUAGUGGUAUUAUUUUCCAUUAUCUGUUUUCAGCGAUCAAUGGAUUGCAGGGGUUCUUAAUUUUUAUCAUUUGUUUCGUGAUAGACAAAAAGGUGCAUGAAGCUCUAAGAAUGAGGUUUCCAUUUGACCAGAAUCCUUAUGUUUCAAAGCUGUCGCAAAGCACGUCUGAAAAAAGUUCCUAAAAGCCAAGUCGUGGGCUAUUUGACAACGAAGGUGUCACUUUUUAGCAUCUUUACACUUCAACUGAAAUGAGACCGAAGCUAUGGAUUAACAGACGAAAUUCCACGGAUCAAAACUGACCAUCGUGAGAUCACAAGAAAAGUUAAAUUCUAUUUUAACAAAUGCACAAUAACUUUGAAUGGCGUUGAAUGUACAAACUUUAUAAAUUUGCAACUUAUUUAUUUUUUAGGUGAAAAUAUUUUUUGAUUAGUGGGGAGAGCAUUCAUACACACAAGUGAAAACGAAACUAAAAAACACAUUAUGGUGAAUUGGUCUGAAAAUAAUUCAUUGGCAAUUCUAAUCUCAGGUAAGGGUUAACACAAUUAAACAAAAUGUACUUUGGUUACUAACUCCCAAAAUUCAUUGUUUUUUAAAAAAAUGCAGUUUUAAGCCUCAUUCACUUUUGUUGUUAGCAGUCAGUCAAUCAAAGGUAUUUAAGUGAGUUAAUUUCUCUGAUAAUGAUUUGAUUAGCACGCAUAGCAAUAUUUCAUUUGUAUAAUUUUUUAACUUAUGUUACAGAAGCUACAACAACAACAAUUUGCUUUUAUAUAGCACCCAUCACACAGGAUAGCAACUCAGAGCGCUUAAUAGCGUCAAUAACAAUGGGGAGAAUUGUUUUCAAUUGUGAAUUAUAUUACAUAUUUUGUGAGAUAUUUAGUUACUUAAGGAUACUUUUAUUGUUCUGCUAAUAAAAUAAUUCUUUAGCUUGUGUGUAUUUUAGUAAUAAUAAUUCUUUUGGAAAUUGCUUUCAUUUUACAAGCUGCGAAUUUCAUGGAUUAGGUGAGCAAUAAGAUAUUAAAUUGAUGUUUUCU